GACGUAGAGGCGAGGGGGGGAAAAAAAGAAACAACCGCACCCUAGAUCGAGAAACUAAAAGAGUGACACGAGAUACGGAGAUGGCGGGUUUGGCCUGACCUGCUAUCUAUAUAUAUAAAAUCUAUAUAUAUAAAAUGAUAAAGUUGUUUGCGCAGUGACUAUAACAACAAAACUAAACAUCCCAGAAAUACGAAAUUUGGCAACACAAUGCAAAAGGCUGUGAUGGUGUUGAUUCUUGUUGUUGUUGUUGUUGUUGUUGUUGUUGUUGUUGUAAUUGUUAUUAUUGUAAUUGUUUUUUUGAAGGCCAAGUGUGACUGUAGGGAUUGGGGAGGUGGAUGAGUUGUGUUGUCAAAUUUUGUAUUUGUUAUAGUCACAAUGCAUUGUUGUGAGUUUUGUGGGUCCAGAUUGUGGUUUUGUGGUGUGGUUGUGUUGUUACAAUUGAGAGGCAAGGCUUUUGUGUUGUGUUGCCAAGUUUUGUAUUUCUGGGGCGUUUAGUUGUGUUGUUAUAGUCACGAUGCACAGUUGUGAGUUUUGUGGGUCUGGAUUGUGGUUUUGUGGUGUGGUUGUGUUGUUACAAUCAGGAGGGAAUGCUUUUGUGUUGUGUUGCCAAGUUUCGUAUUUCUGGGGCGUUUAGUUGUGUUGUUAUAGUCACGAUGCGUUGUUGUGAGUUUUGUGGGUCCAGAUUGUGGUUUUGUGGUGUAGUUGUGUUGUUACAACCUGGAGGGAAGGCUUUUGCGUUGUGUUGCCAAGUUUUGUAUUUCUGGGGCGUUUAGUUGUGUUGUUAUAGUCACGAUGCGUUGUUGUGAGUUUUGUGGGUCCUGUGUGGUUUUGUGUUGUGGUUGUGUUCUUACAACCGGGAGGCAAGGUUUUUGCAUUGUGUUGUCAAGUUUUAUAUUUCUGGGGCGUUUAGUUGUGUGCCAGGUUUGGUAUUUCUGGGGCGUUUAGUUGUGUUGUUAUCGCAUGAUGCGUUGUUGUGAGUUUUGUGGGUCCGGAUUGUGGUUUUGUGGUGUGGUUGUGUUGUUGUAACCUGGAGGCAAGCCUUUUGCAUUGUGUUGCCAAAUUUCGUAUUUCUGGGAUGUUUAGUUUUGUUGUUAUAGUCACUGCACAAACAACUUUAUCAUUUUAUAUAGAUAGAAGAUAGUGUAAAUAACGUUGUUCAAUGCUGGGCCUUUCAGGUGAGUCUGUGCUCAAUGCAAAGCCUGGAAGGUGGGGCCAACUUGUCCUGGUUCCUCCAAGCAGGUUGAACAGGUUUUCCAGUCCAAAGAAAAGCAAGGAAGGAGAGACAUUACUGUGAAAAGGGGGAAAAGAGAAGGAUGGCAGGUGAAAUGAAGAGCCGUUAAUGGGAAUUCAUCCCCUUCCUUGACUCCGGAGCAAAAACCGAAGCGGAGGAAGAAAUAUUCUUCUAUCUUCAAAGCAAGGCUGAGAAAACGAGGCCAACCCAGGCUGACAAACUACGAAUCCCAGGAUGUAUGUAAAGUAGUUUCGGGAAGGUUGGGAGGUCACGAUGGCCACCGUCGCGCCCCCCGAGGAAGUGGCGCUGGCCGUUUUCGGAAGCAAAACGAUCCCAAUUGACGACAAAGGGCAGGACGGGUCGGACGGCGAGGCCGCGGCGUUAUGGGUUCGGGACGGCGACGACGUUUCCGGGAAAGAUCGGAGACCGAACCCCGAAGGAAGCCGCGAAGAAGCCGUCUUGGCACGGUCAGUGGAUGACGAAGCCUUCUCAAAAGAGGAAGAAGAAGAGGAGGAAGAAGAGGAGGCCAAUGCCAUGCCGGAAGCGGCCGCUCACGUCUUCGUCCCCAUUGAUCCCUAUUGCAUCGAACGCAGCACGACGGCGCACGAGAAGGACGGGCGGGACUUCGAGGAGCAAAGGGGUCCCCGGGGAGGAGGCAAAGCCGACCCCGAGAGGCAGAACUUUGUCUCCCAUGGCUAUUCGGCCCACUUCGACGACCUCCCCGGCGAUGUCACGGAGCACAAGACCUGCGCCGACCGCUGGCCCUGCUUCCGGAACGGGACCUGCAGCUCCGCCAACCUCAAGGCCGUGGCCUCCAUGCUGGCCGCCACCGUCAUCUUCCCCUGCCUCCUCUACGGCGCCUACGUCUUCCUGCCCUUCGACGUGCCCCUCAUGCCCACCAUGGGUGCACGCCUGGUCUACGCCCUUCGGUGCGGGGUGUUCGCCACCUUCCCCAUCGUCAUAGGCAUGAUUGUCUACGGGGUGUCCCGCCUCUGCUUCUCCUCCCUCCAGCCCUUUGGGGAGCUGCGCAGGGAGGUGGAGAUCCACCGGCACUACGUCUCCCAGUCGGUCCACCUCUUCAUCCUCUACUUCUUCAACAUCGCCGUCCUGGCCACUUACCUGCCCCAGGAGGGCCUCAAACUCAUCCCGCUUUUGACGGGCCUUUUCGCCAUUGCACGGCUCCUGUACUGGCUGGCCUAUGCCAUGGGCCGCUCCUUCCGGGGCUUCGGCUUUGGCUUGACCUUCCUCCCACUGGUCACUAUGCUCCUCUUCAACCUCUACAGCAUGUUCCUCAUGGACUCGGAGAGCAUGUUUGCCACCGGAGACGCACCGGCCGAGCACAAGGCCACCAAACCUCGAUACUGGGGCUGAAGAAGCCCGGGACCGGCGUCCGAGAAUUAAAAGGGACCCCAAGGGCCACUCAGUCCAACCCUCUCAAUUCAAGCCCUCCCAACAGAUGGCCAUCCAUACUUGCGUAGAAACCUCCAGAGGAAGAGACUUCGUUGAACUCCCAGGUUGGACAGUUCUUACCAUAGGGAAAUAUUUUUCUGCCGUUUGAACCCAUGGCUUCCUUGCGUUCUAUUCUCUGGACCAGCAAGAAACAUUAUUUGUGCCGUUCUCAAUAUGAUAUGCUUUCAAAUAUUUACCACUACCUUGGGUA